UCGUCUACCACCAAAAAAAAAAGGAAAGAAACCCAAACUCUUUGUUGCCUUCUUUCUUUCUUUCUUUUCUUGAAAUUACGUAUCAAAUACAGACACAUUUUUGUAUAAUCAGAACUGACAUUAUCACAGAAGAGGCUGGAGCUGGAAAAGAAGAAAAGGAGAACACAUGGCGGGAGACGUCGGAAGAGAUUCGGGAUGCCAGAAGAUUAUGGAUGGGAAGGCGAAUGAGGAUGCUACCAUUCCUCCUUGUUGCCGUAAAGCUCGGGCCUUUGCUCCCGACCCGGAGCUUGAAGCCAACUGUCAUGCAACUGUUGUUUCUGGAUGGUUCUCGCAACCGCAGUUGUCGUCUUCUUCUGAUGAUGUGGGAAAAAGAAUGUUCUUUAACAACCCCAUGUGGCCAGGAGAAGCACAUUCGUUGGCUGUAGAAAACAUUUUGUUCAAGGAGAGAUCAGAAUAUCAAGAGGUCCUGGUUUUCAAGUCUGCAACAUAUGGAAAAGUGCUUGUUCUUGAUGGCAUCCUUCAGUUGUCCGAGAAAGAUGAAUGUGCCUAUCAGGAGAUGAUAGCCCAUCUUCCUCUUUGUUCCAUUAAAUCACCAAAAAAUGUUCUGGUGGUAGGUGGUGGUGAUGGUGGGGUGCUUAGGGAAAUAUGUCGUCACAGCUCUGUGGAGUUGAUUGAUAUUUGUGAAAUAGAUAAGAUGGUUAUAGAUGUUAGUAAGAAGUUUUUCCCUGAGUUAGCUGUUGGCUUUGAGGAUCCUCGUGUCAAUCUUCAUGUUGGUGAUGCUGUUGAGUUUAUACGGAAUGUACCCAACGGGAAGUAUGAUGCUAUAAUCGUUGAUUCUUCCGAUCCUGUGGGUCCUGCUCAAGAGCUUGUGGAACGGCCUUUCUUUGAAAUGCUAGCAAGAGCAUUAAGGCCCGGUGGUGUUCUUUGUAACAUGGCAGAGAGCAUGUGGUUACACACUCAUCUUAUUCAGGAUAUGAUCUCUGUUUGCCAAAACAUAUUUAAGGGGUCUGUUCAUUAUGCAUGGGCAAGUGUCCCCACAUAUCCAAGUGGUGUUAUUGGAUUUAUACUGUGCUCAACGGAGGGACCAACUGUUGAUUUUAGGAACCCUAUAAACCCUAUUGAAAAGCUUGAGGGAGCACACGAGCAUCAAAGAGAACUCAGAUUCUACAACUCCGAGAUGCAUAGAGCUGCAUUUGCCUUGCCACCGUUUGUCAGGAAGGAGGUGAAAGGGCUUUGAGGUAUCUAUUAUGUUCCUAUUAUGUGAGGUUUGAUUCAUGUAUCUCGUAUUUAAAUAUUAUUGUGAGAAUAGACUCACGAAAUAUUGGAUUUGUCAUGCCACGAGAUUGGAAUAAUGCCUGGUUUAUGACAAGAUUUGGUUUUAUCACAUAUAUAUACCUAAGUUGGCAUGUUCUA